UUAAUUCAUGUUGGCAGUUUCGUGCAAUCGUUCUUAGUGUGGUCAAAACAGGUGUGUUGCGGAAGAGGUUAUGUUUUGGGGAGCAUUUAGACCGUUUAGCUUCAUUUAUUGGUUGUGAAUUCACGUGUUAAAAUGACAAGUACAGAUUCAGAAGAAAAGGACGGCGGACGUAGCAAAGUGGUUGAUAAUGCAUGGUCUAUAAAAGUACCCUCAUUUCGCCCAGAGGACAAUCCACACAGACUUUUAGAAGAAAGUUCAUUUGCAACUUUGUUCCCCAAAUACAGAGAGCACUAUUUGAGGGAGUGUUGGCCUUUGGUUCAAUCCUCUCUCGAAGAACAUGGUAUUAAGGCGGAUCUUGAUGUUGUGGAAGGUAGUAUGACUGUGAGAACAACUCGGCGUACGUGGGAUCCAUACAUUAUCAUAAAGGCAAGAGAUAUGAUAAAGCUUUUAUCUAGAAGUGUACCAUAUGAACAAGCAGUUCGCGUUCUUCAGGAUGAAGUAGAAUCAGAUAUAAUAAAAAUUGGAUCGCUAGUGCGCAACAGGGAAAAGUUUGUUAAGAGAAGGCAGAGACUAAUUGGGCCCAGUGGCUGCACUUUGAAGUCCAUUGAGCUGUUGACCGACUGUUACGUCCUCGUCCAGGGUCAAACCGUUGCGGCCCUAGGCCCUUACAAAGGACUCCAACAGGUACGGCGUAUUGUUGAAGAUACAAUGCGUAAUAUCCAUCCCAUAUACAAUAUCAAAGCUCUAAUGAUCAAACGUGAAUUGGCAAAAGAUCCAAAGUUAAAGAAUGAAAAUUGGGAAAGGUUUCUUCCCAAGUUCAAUAGCAAGAAUCUUAGCAAACGGAAACAACCAAAGAAAAAGAAAACUAAGGAAGGGUACACACCAUUCCCACCCCCACAAACAGAGAGCAAAGUGGAUAAGCUGUUAGCAAGUGGUGAAUACUUUUUGAAAGAGGAGCAGCGACGGGCUCGUAGGCUGAAAAUUAAGGAUGAAAAGCAUGCAGCAGCAGCCAGAUUUCGUGAAGAGAAACGGAAUAAACCGUUCAUUCCACCUAAGGAACCUCACUGCAAGUCUUCAGCAGCGAACCAGAAUUCAGAUAUUGAUAUUGCAACACUGAAGAAGAAAAUCAAGAAUGCUCAAAAAAAGAAGUCAUCAUUGUCAUCAUAGUGUCCUGUCUUGCUCAAGCUUCCCAGCACUUAUCCAUCCAGAAUUUGAUGCAGAAGCCCUUCAGCAGUAAAUAAAUUUACUGGGAAACAUCAUGUACUCAUCGCCAGGUAGUCUGGUGACUGAACUGCCAGCUUGUUGUCUCAUAUUUGCAGAGUAUCAUUCAUCAACAGGUUCCUGCCCUUUGACCUGUCUCAUGUGGGAGUCCCUGGUAGUACCUACAGUAUUGCCAACACAGUUUUGUGAGAGGAAAAUGAACAGGAUAGAAUUUGAAGAUACAAGUCAUAGAAUGAAAAAAGUAGAAAGCCCUCUAAAACACCUCUACACCACAGGUGUAAGAGGUUUCAUUAAGUAAGUUAUUCAAACAGAGUGAAUCAGUAAGAUGUAAAAAUUGAUGAUGAUAGCAUAUAAUGAGGGUGAGUCAAAAAAUGGGUCACAUAUGAAAGUAAAAUAGCUGUAAUGAAUGUAAUAGGUUUUCUGUGUGUAUCUCCAGGUAGCAGCAUAGUCAAGCUUCAUGACAGUCUAGGUAGCAGACAUAUAUGCAUAUGUUCUGAGGCUGGUUUCAGUAGCCAGAAUGGUGAGUGUGCUUGAGGAGUGUUCUACCAAAGAGCAGAGUUCUGUUGUGCAUUUUUAUGGGUAAAAGGACUCGAUGUAAAGGAUACCCAUAAAGAAAUAUUUCCUGUUUAUGGUGGGAAGUGUUUGUUGCAGUAAGCAGUUCACAACUAUGCCAAGAAAUUCUCUCAAGAGCAUUCAGAAGUCACAGAUGAUGCCUGACCAGGUGCGGAAGUGGCUGAGACAACAGUUAAAAAAUUUCUAUGCUGUGAGUUUUGACACACUUGUUAAGCACUGGGGCAAGUGUAUCAGUGUUGGUGGAGGAUAUGUCAAGAAAUAAGUUUUUUCCCUAGGUUCGAAUAUCACAUGUUUUACAUUUUAUUUCCAUUUGUGACCUCUUUACUAACUCUUCCUUAUAAUACAGUUAUUGUAUUUCUUGAUGUUAACCAUUGUCUUGUUUUUAUUUAAAACACGUCACAUUUCGGAGACUGCAUUCUGUCUCCGUGUUCGGGUGGCGCCUUCUCAGUUGGGCCCAAUCGAUAGAGCUAGUCUCUCACACACUGGGUGCACGACCAAUCCUGAACACCCACUGAAACAGACUGGACUUACAUCUUCUAUAAGAAGUUUUAUAUAUUGUUAUGUAAUAUCUACAUUUACAGAAUAUUAAAUACACGAAGUUAUUAUUUAUGAACAAUUAAAAAAUGGUUGACCCAGAAGACAGAACAAAAGGGCACCAGUCUGUUUCCGCUUGCCUUGCUCUCAUGCACAGUAGCGAUGACACUGAAGUGCUUGCCAUAAUAAAAGCUGUGUUUGUAUGGGAAAGAAACAAAGAUUUUUAUCUGCAUUUUGAAACAAAUAAAAUUAGUUCUAAAACUGAAGCCAUGCUGCUCAUCUGGGCCCACCAAUCUUCAGACUUGAGACUAUUCUAUUAACUGUGUCAGAUAUUUAGAAUAACAGAUACAUAUCUGUCAGUCAGACUGUUUUGAUACAUAAGCCCACUGUAUAAAGAACUCACCAAAAUGCUUCUGACUACACUCAGUCGCACAUAGUUUCAGAAUUUAUGAGACUGUACUCAGAAACUGUAUGACUUGCACACACAAGCCAGUGAUUCCCAAAUCUCAAAUAUUAUUCCCCAGGAGUUUAUCAAUUACAUCUCUGACCAUUUUUUCUCUUUUGAGACUCAUUUGACACAACAUACAUAUAUCUACUGCUAAAUCAGUACACAUUUCAUGAAUCUGUGUUUCUGAAAUGAAGUGAAGAAAGACUAAAUUCUUAUGCAUUUUUAAGUGAACUCUCAAAUUAUCUUAUAUAGGCCUAUCCAGAAUUUGGGAACCACUGGCAUAAACAACUGACAACUAAAUUAAAAACCUGUUUUCAUUGCACUGCUUGAGCUUCCUUAGAACCAAACUCACUGAGCAGAACUUGAAGUACUAUAAUCUGUGUCAGUAUAUAUGAAUAAAAAAAAUAAAUUGCCA